UCACUCAACUAAUCGUACUUACUGUUUUUGGUCGUACCACGGUCGAUGGUGUCCCGUAUCUUUACGGCAGUGUUUUGUACUUCGGAACGAUGGGUUUUAUUUACACUUUCUUUUAGCACCGCACUGAAGGCAUCCGCGAAGGUUUCGUAUUGUACCAGAUUAGUUACUAUUGCAAACCAUAGUUCCCUUUCCUGCGGGCUAUCAUCAAUCGAUGUAAUAUCGUUACGGGAUAUCGUUUGCUACGUGCAUCGUCCAUUCCCAUGGGUAAUUGGAAUGGGGGGUCGAAUCCAUUGCCGCUGGGGCCCAGGGCCGGCCCUUUAUCAGCGAAGUUCAUUGGCUCGCCGCGAGCAGAACUGUAUGCGUUGUGUUGUUCUGAGAAGAAGCUACGUCACGAGAGUAAACAUUCCACGGUUUUACUGAAUUCGUUGGAGCAUCAACCAUACGUCACGAUGACGCCAGUCGUAAAAAGCGGUCAGAGAACGAUAAUCGUUUAGGAACGACAAUACACACAGCGCCCCGUUAUUCACGUCUUAAACAUACUGCGCUUUUUUUUUCUUGCCUAGCACACAACAGCUUGUCUCUCUGUUCUCCGGGAGGGAAGGAAUCUUUGUUUGCUGUCAUUCAUAUGGGACAUAAAUUAGUGUCCUCCAGAAAAGACGAACAAUACGCGAAACGGCAACGGUCACGGAUUCUCGGUCGACACAAACAGUGGGCUAACUUUGCGGGCUCGACGAGACAGUGAAAACAACAAGACGAUAGUGACAAACUGAAUGAGUGUAAUUUGCUCGUCAAAGUUUACAUUGGUAUCAUCCCCUUGGGUGUUGCUGAUUGCGGGUGGGAAAGAUCCACCCGAGAUGAAAAGUGCAAAUAGUGUAUGAAUUUCCAACUGAAAGGCUCGGUUUUGGCGUUUGAACAAACGAAAUUGCUGAGCGUGUUGCUGAUAGCCCUGGGUACCGGGUGUAUUGGUGGUUCAGCUGGUGGUAACCAUGUUGGCAAAAGGGUCAUGAAAGAACGUAACACGAAAAAGUGCAAAUGCCGGGGGACCCAAUUAUUAAAUAAUAAUACAGGAAUUUUUAAAUAAGCCGCCAACGGAAAUGAAGUAUGUGCGUAGAAAAGCGCGUUAAUCCCAUUUACCCAAGGACGCACAGAAACUGCUUUUAAUAAGUAAAACCACUUCGGCCAGUUUCGGAACGAUUGCACCGUAUCGCGGGGGGUGGUGAAACAGUGCCAUUAUUCACCGAUCGCAACCCAAAACGAUACCACGUGGUCACACGUGGUGGGUAACACAGUGGAAAACAUGCUAAACAAAGCACAAAAGCUAGUGCUCGGAAUAGUGUUACUGGUGCUGGUCGAUAUUAUAUGGGUUUCGUCGAGCGAACUAACCAAGUUCUUGUACGAAAAUGAAAACUACGACAAACCGUUCUUCUGCACCUACUUCAAGGCAUCGAUGUUCACCAUAUACUUGAUAGUGCUCGGUUUGAUAGCACCAUGGAAGGAGAGUUGUGCCCGAAAUGGCAACUAUUCGCUGAUGGAUACGAUCGAGGAGGACGAAGGAUACUAUGCCAAUGGGACAUCUAGUUUGAGCGAUUCUUCGUUUGUACCCAUCAAAACGGACUCGCAAGUGUCCGGUACGGAAAGUGAUGACUCCAGCAUACGAAGCGUGCGGUUCAGCAAGGUGGCCGAAGUUCGCGAAAUGUCACCGCACGAAGCGUCUGAGGCUCUGAUGUCGCGACUCUCGUACGCCGCCAGUCUGCGAGUUCAUCGGCAAAAAUCACACCACAAAACGGCCCGAACUGCUUUGCUGUUUUGCGUGCUGUGGUUUAUUGCCAACUAUAUGUUCCAGCUGGCACUGGAGCCGAGUGAAACGGCGAUGGUAACGCUGCUCAGUUCUAGCUCGAGCUUUUUCACGCUCAUUCUUGCCGCCAUGUUCCCUUCGUCGUGUGGUGAUAAAUUUACCUUCUCGAAAUGUUUCGCCGUGCUUCUGAGCAUUUCUGGUGCGGUGAUGGUUUCGAUGUCGGAAAUAGAUGAGCCAAAAAUGUCGCGCGGUAUCGUUCUGGCACUGCUGAGUGCAUUCUUCUACGCGUCCUAUCUGGUGCUAGUCAAGCGUAAAAGCGACACCGAAGAAAAGAUAAGCAUCCCACUCUUCUUUGGCUUUGUAGGGCUGUGGAAUCUGUUGCUGUUGUGGCCACUUUUAUUCGUGUUGAAUUUUUCCCAGCUCGAAGUAUUUGAGCUACCGUCGAGACGGCAGUUUAUUGUACUUUUCCUGAACGGACUGAUCGGAACGGUGCUGUCGGAGGCGUUGUGGCUUUGGGGCUGCUUUUUAACGUCAUCCCUUAUCGGUACGGUCGCAAUAUCGCUACAGAUACCGCUCGCAAUGCUAUUCGAUAUGGUGCUGCACGGCAAAACGUAUCCGCUGCUGUUCUAUCUCGGCUCCCUACCCAUGUUCCUGUCGCUGGUGCUAGUCGCGUUUCUGGUAAAAUUUGACGACUGUGAUCCACUGCUUAAAUUUGGCAAACUAAUGUACCGACGGUUGUGGAACUGCCGGAAAGCGAAUGUCGUACGAAUACCGGACCUAGAGGAGCAGCACGAAUCGCUCAUCGAUGGUAGUCAUGAAAAUUAAGGCGUGAAGUGUGGCAUUUUCCUAUUAUUUUUUAACAUCACAGUACUAUACCGAUCGGUUCCUAUUGUUUUUAGUCGCUAUCCUUUGCCGAACAAACGAAGCGAUACAGCACACAGCCACAAACACAGUGCAAUUUUUCCAGUGUAGAGUAUAAUUUUAUCCUAGUUUGACGAUACCGUUUCCGUGUCUCAUUAUCUCGUAUUAUUUAAAUGAAAUUUUGGAGAUUAGUUUACAUCACCAAAGUGUUCUUGCUUAAACGACGUGUGUAUUUUCGGAUUGCCGCGGAUAACCAGUGCCCAGUGGUUAGAUCGGGUAAUGGUGCUGCUUGAUGUAAAUGUAUUACGAUUAGACUGCUCACUUGCGAGAGGGUGGCAACGACAUGUGGAAAUUGGAAUAGUAGUUUACUUUACACUUUCACUUCUUAUAGAGAUCAGUGUGAAAAAAAUGGAACGGAAUGGGUAGAACCAUUCUUCGAAAACAGUAUUUAAUUUCAGUGCUAGUGCAGUGGCGCAGUAUUAUCAUUUCUCUCCCAUUCAACUGUUUAAAAUGUAGUUUGGCGACAGUUUCGGAAGCAUAAGUUAGAAAAUGGUUUUAUUUACUCCCUUGAAAUGAUGUCUCGAAUAAUGAAAUGGGUUUUCUGCAUUCAUAUUCAACACAAAGAUACAUAAAACAAAAUGCUAAUGGAACAAAAAAGGAAAGUAUAAUCACAAUUGGCAUCAUUAAGCAAUAGUGAAAGCAAGAACAAAUAUUAGUAACCCGGGGCUUAUCAAUAUACUCGAUUCGCGUCGAUCACCACGAACGUGGACGAUUGCGUGGUUUAGUUUUAGAGCACACAGGACGCACACGCAUACAAAGAACAAAACAGCAAGUGUCUUGUUUUUGCUCGUUAGCGAAACACACCUAGGGAAUUGUUCGUUUAGCGUAAAGUGAAAUUGCUAGCUGUUGAACAAUAAUUGUAGCGCACAAUACACACAAAUUAAGCACUGGCAUGCGUGAAUUGUACGGAUGGCCUCACCCUACAAAUGCAGUGUCGGAGCAUAAAGCCAGAAGCACACCCGACACAACCAGGCCAGUAGUUACGCUAUUAUGUAUUUGAGUUUUUGAUUGUGAUAUAAACGUAGUGUAUACAUGAGGAAAUUAAGUAUUCGAAGCGAUGGCGCAUUUGUCCCUUCCCGGUAUAGAAUGUACCAAGAAGCCGCCGGUGCACAAAAGAAGUGGGAAGACCCUAAAAGACUAACUUACAGAUCCCUUGAUAAUAUGUUAGCGAUUAACCUGGAUGGAUGAAUUUUUUGAUUUCCUCUGUGGACGUAUCGAUCGUGUUACUUCAUCCCCGAAGCCCUCCCCCACCACCACUCCCUUCCCUGUGACUAAGUGAAUAUGUACUUGAGUAUGGUUUGGUCACAAAUAAUGUAAGCGGUUGUAUUCCCUGCGUCUAAUGGCCCAACAUUGGGCGCAAACUCGAUAAAUAAUGAAUGUCUGAAAGUUCUAGUAGCUUGCAAAGCAAAUUCGAAACGGGCGGCGUGCCCCAAAAAGCGGAAGCGUUAGUAUAUUUUUGUACAAUACUUUAGUCCUCCAAAGAUUGCGAAAUUUGCACAUUUGCAAAAUAUGGUGGAUAGUGAAAGUGAAAGUUGUGUACAAACAGGAAAACAAAACAAAACAAAAAUCUCGACUGGUCAACCCGACAACCAACAAAACCCGAACGGCAAACAUGUUCACUUAUUAACUAAAGCACGUUAGCUUCACCGGCAUCCAGCACCCUUCUACUUCUCCCAACAAUGUCUAACAACUAUCUAACUGUGUUCUCGAACGAAAAGAAGAAACAAACAAAAAAAAACAAACAUACUGAAAGACUCCCUAGCAGUUGACAUUUCGGUCGUUUGGAGUUAACUCUUUUUUGCAGCAUAAACGCGUAAUUUUGCUGUAAAUUAUAAACAAAAAUCGUGUGUGUACGUUUGUCGUUAUAUUGAAACGAUAAAAUACACAUUUAUACAUUCGUUAUUAAAAGAAGAAAAAAGACAAUGGAAGUAAAUAGCAAAAAGGCGAAAUGCAGUCAAAAAAAAAGCGCGGAAAGAGGAAAAAGUGUGUUAAGUAAAUGCAUUCCUUGUGGUAGGAUAGGUUUUUGUACAAUUUAUAUGUGAUACAAACAAAGCCCAUUUAUUGAUUAGGAUUUACACGUACACCUUCUAGGGAAGAGUGAAGUACAGUGCAGCUGCAGCAAAUAAAGGAAAGUGAAUAUAAAAAAAAAACUAAGUAGUAUUUGCAAGACACAUUGAAACACAACAAUAGUUGAAACAAAGUAAAUGCAUGAGAACAGUGAAUAUAAAACCAUCUCCCAAAAACCACUUUACACUGGUGUAGAGCCAUAAAGUAAUGAAAGUGAGGAAGAGCGUAUGCGCGCGUGAUAAGUGCUGACGAUGUUUAUUGAUGAGUAUAUUGUAUCUUAAAUAUUGUGUAGCACCGUAUUAUGGAUAAGCGCGUGUUGUACUAUACCUCUACCCCCCCAAAAAAAUCCCCCACUUACACACAUCAUUAUGUAGUUUUUUUCUGGUCUGAGAAUAGAACAUUACCAUCAUGUUACGAUGGGAAAUGGAAAGGAAAACAUAAACCAUAUUUUCCAGGAUCUGAGGCGAGAUAAGUCGCUGAAGAGUAGGAAAGAAAACAAACAGCAAAACAUACCCUAUAUAAGCAAGAUUUAAGGACAGCAACAAUAUACCGAGCGAUCGUUUCUUUCGAACAAUAAUAGCGAUGGAGAAAGAAAACAAAAGAUUCUUCAUCAAACCAAGAAUACCUUACAAUUGAAAAACACACAGAUAAAAGAACAAGAAAACGCAUAAA